CCCCUUCACUUCACUUCGCGCCUCACGGCUCACAAUCACACAGUCACACUUCCCAAAAAAAAAAAAACCCUAAGGCUAAGUAAAGUUCCCGACUCCCGACCCUAACCCGCGCCGCGCCUCUCCAGUCUCCUCGUCUGGGUCGUCACUGACCUCUCGGCUCUCAGCUCUCACUCUCUCUGUCUCUCAGAUUGUCAAUCCUCUCCAGUCUCCAGUCUCCAGUCCGACAGUCCUAAGUCUCCUUUCCUCUCCUCUGGUGACCGGUGCACUGCUACGUGCCGGACCUGCCAGUCGUCGUCUCCUGCGAACGAUCCACUCGGAUCACUCCACACCUUGAGCAGAUCGAGUCGUUGACUCGUCCAGGUGCCACGGACCACUGCCAUAAGCGUCAAUCCCCCCUCCGGCCUCCCCCAGCUCCACAGACCACUUCUCCACACCUCCAGGCUCCAGCGUCCAACUGCUCCACUCGGAGUAUCUAAGAGAAGAUUUCAAAAGGAGAUCUAAGAUUUCUGGAGUAGAACAACUCCGAUUGUUCGCAGAUUUUCAUAUCAACACUAAUUAAGGCUUGAAGAGGUUAUCAAAACGGGGCUUGAAGAAGCAACUACACGAAUCCAGAAAUUUCAGUUGGCAGAUUCUUAGAUAUUUUCUACGGAUUGUGUAACUUUUUCUCCCCAGAUUAAGUGUUUGGUUUGGGAUAAAAGGGAGAAAUUUCUUUGCAUGGAUUUAGAAGAAAUUUUAGGGAAUAAUGACCUUGAGGAUGUCAGUUGGCUCUGUUCCCUAUCCGAGGCUGAGCUUGAUAUUCUAAUAAGCUUAAAGAAGUUGGUUCUACAGCGUGCAAAAAUAAUUGGUGGUGACGUUCUAGCCAAUAAGUUUGAUUUGAAGGUCCUUCGAGCCCUUGGGUUCAUUGUGAUGGAAUACCUGAGGGGACAGAUCAAGGAUAUGGCAGAUUGCCCAGACUUGGUAAAGUUUCACACACUACUAGAUGUUUCCAAUCUAUUAAAUUGUGAUGCCAAAGGCUGUAUGAGUUUCGCAGAGCUGAAGGAAUGCGUUUCCACUAAAUCGAGAACAAGAAGGCCUGGAAUGUGAAUUGAAAACUUGGAAAAGAUUUCUUAUUUCCUGUUUGAUUCCUUAUUUAUUUUUGUUUGUGGUGUGGAUGUAAUCCAUGUUCUGGGAUCAAGAUUUAAAAAAAUAUGAAAAACUCAAAAAUUUAAAUGUGUUUUAAUUUUAACGAAAUUAAAUAUAGUUAGUGUUUAAAUAA